AUGAUCAUGGCUUUAUCCACAGAUCACUCCACGCGAAGCGUAGCGGACAUCCUAGGAGCUAUUGCCGCAUCUACUGAAGCUGUUGCCCAACAAAAGCCAGGAGCACGGGAGAAAGUACUGGCCUUGUCCCAUCAAUUAGUAUCUGCUCUCGAGACGCCAAGCGAAACAAUACAAAGGAUGGGAUGGGCAGAGCCUGCCCGAUUUGCUGCAACUCAACUCGCUGUCGACCUCAAAAUCUUCGAGAAGCUCGAAGAAGCGCAUGAUGCUCCCGUAAGCCUGUCCGAUCUGACAAAAUCUACAGGUGCGGAUGCUGCGUUGCUCGCCAGGACAAUGAAGCAUCUUUCGGCCAUGGACGUGGUUGGUGAAACAGGGGCAGACGAAUAUAUUUCUACACCAAUCUCGACCGCCUUGACCGUUCCCAAGUUUCGCGAUGGGAUAAGCUAUCUCUUCAAUGUUGCCGGACCUUCAUUUCACUCCAUCCCUGCUUACCUGAAGGCAACCGGGUACGGAAACCCGGGAAACAUCGCUGACGGUCCCUUCCAAUUCGCACACAAAACGCAGAACCCUUUCUUCAUCUGGCUCGCCGAGCACCCAGGAUACGGAGAACAGUUCAAUAACUACAUGAGCGGAUAUCGCCAGGGAAAGCGCAGCUGGUGUGACGAAGGCUUCUACCCCGUGAUGGAUCGAAUUGGCCAGGGGCUGAAUCCCGAAACGCCGCUUCUUGUCGAUGUGGGUGGUGGCCUCGGUCAUGAUCUGCUCGAGCUCAGGACCAAUCACCCCGAGCUCUCCGGCCGUCUGAUCCUUCAGGAUCAGCCCGACGUCAUCAAGCAGGUUGGGAAUGCCGCGGAAGGCAUUGAGCUGGCUGUUCACGACUUCUUUACUCCCCAACCUGUCAAAGGCGCCAAAGCGUACUAUCUCCACUCCGUACUUCACGACUGGGACGAUGCAUCGUGCCUUCAGAUUCUUCACAACAUUGUCCCAGCCAUGACACCUGGAUACUCCAAGCUCCUGAUCAACGAGAAUGUAGUACCAGACUUUGGAGCAGCGUGGCCGAUCACUUCGAUGGACUGGCUGAUGAUGGCGUUGGGCGCGGUGAAGGAGCGGACGGAGAGGCAAUGGCGAGGUUUAUUACAGCAGGCCGGGUUGGAGGUCAAAGGAAUCUGGACCUAUGAGCAAGGAACCGAAAGCUUGAUUGAGGCUGAGGUGGCAGUAUAA